AUGGGAGACGAGAAAUCUAACAUACACCUCGAUGUGGUUGCUGACAUUAAGGAGGUUCUAGAUGUAAACAAUGUUUUGGUCAAAUCAUUCCGCAAUGCUAGGGCAGAGAUUGAAGCAAAUCCACGUGUAGAGAUUAAACUGAGGCUAAUUGGGAACAGAACUACUGACGCUAGAACGUAUAACUUACCGACAGCGUCAGAAGUCGCAGCCUUAAUCGUUGGUGAUCUAGAUCCAUCAAUAGGCAAUCGGGACAUUCUGGUUGAGUCAAAGAGUGGUUUACUAAAACGUAUAAGUGAGUUGAAUCCAUGUUACUUACCAAUGCAAUAUCCUCUCUUAUUCCCUUAUGGCGAGGACGGGUAUAGAGAGGACAUUCAGUUUGCGGGGACAUCUAAUCGUCCUCAGGGUGGCAGGCACCGUGUAUCUCCUAGAAAAUACUUCGCAUUUCGAAUCCAUGAAUGGACAACGAAAGUAUCAACUAUACUUUACUCCAGGAGAUUGUUUCAACCGUUCUUAGUAGAUGCGUAUACAAUGGUUGAAUCUGGGAGGCUAAUCUACAUUAGGACCAACCAGAACGCACUAAGGUGGGAGGCUUACAAAGGACUCUCAGAUGCACUGACAAGGGGAGAGGUUGAUCCUAGCACUUUUGGGAAACGUAUAAUUUUACCAUCUAGCUUUACAGGUGGGGCUAGGUACAUGGUACAAAAUUAUCAAGAUGCGGUGGCCAUUUGUAGGUGGAUAGGUUAUCCGAAUCUUUUCAUUACAUUUACAUGUAAUCCAAAGUGGCUAGAAAUUCAAUGGUAUGUUGUCAAGCGAAACUUAAAGGCAGAAGAUAGACCUGAUAUUGUGUGCCGAAUAUUUAAAAUGAAAUUGGAUUGCCUAAUAAAAGAGUUCAAAUCUAGAGGGAUAUUUGGUGUAGUUAGAACAGUCAUAUACACUAUUGAAUUUCAAAAACUGGGCCUUCCUCAUGCACACAUCUUGCUCUUUUUGGCGAGAGAUGAGGUCAACAGUGCAGCUAGCUUCAUGGACACUAUCAUAUCAGCUGAAAUCCCAUACAAGGAACGUGACAGAGAAUAUUACAAUGUUGUUGAAGAAUUCAUGAUUCAUGGACCAUGUGGGGCUGCACGGAAAAAAUUACCUUGCAUGGUCAAUGGGCGUUGUUCUAAGCAUUUCCCAAAAAGAUUUGUUGAAUGUUCAAGUUUAGAUGAAGAUGGCUACCCAAUUUAUAGGCGACGUGAUGAUGCUGAAUUCUAUAGAAGUACUGUGGAUACAGAUGGGAACGAAGUAGUAGAUGAGAUAAAUAUGUACUACGACUGUCGCUAUGUUUCUGCAUGUGAAGCGACAUGGCGCCUACUCAGAUUUGACGUUCAGUAUAGGACACCACCGGUUGAAAGGUUAAGCUUCUAUCUGCCGGAUUGUCAGUCCGUAGUGUUCAAUGACGACGAUAGCGUUACAGAAGUUUUGAACAGGCACACUGUCGGGCAAAGUAUGUUUUUAGGAUGGUUCGAAGCAAAUAAAACAUAUGGGGAUGCCAAGGUGUUGACUUACAUUGAGAUGCCAAAUAAGUUUGUAUGGAAGAAGGAUAUUCGAGAGUGGCAUCCUAGGAAAAGGGGAUUUUCAAUCGGUCGUAUUUUUUAUGUUCCUCCUGGGUGUGGUGAAAUAUAUUAUCUUAGAUGCCUUUUGAAUAUAGUACGUGGCCCUACAUGUUUUAAAGACAUUCGUACAUUUAACGGGGUUGAGUACAUCACAUUUAGAGAUGCAUGCUAUGCACGGGGUUUGUUAGUUAAUGAUAAAGAAUACAUGGAUGCGAUUGACGAAGCAAGUCAUUGGUCAUCAGCUCAUUCGAUGCGGAAAAUUUUCGUGACAUUGUUGAUCACCAAUUCAUUGAAUAGACCGGAGAAUGUUUGGAAUGAAGUAUGGCACCAUCUAGCGGAAGAUGCACAAUUCAACCAACGUAGGUUGCUUCAAAAACCAGAUCUUAUCUUUAGUGAUGAUGAGAAGAAGAACAUUGCUCUGAUUGAGUUGGAAAAGUUGCUACAGAUGCACAAUAAAUCAUUGAAAGAGUUUUCACCUAUGCCUUUUCCAGAUUUGGAGCAAUCAACGUUAAAUGGGAACCGUUUAUUACUUGAGGAGUUAUCGUAUGAUCGUGCAGCCCUUUCUGAAGAGAGUGCUCAAUUGACAAGCAGAUUAACUGAUGAAUAG